AUGAGUGGGAAUGUGACCGUAAAGCCCCAGUUUAUUCUCCUGGGACUAACCCAUCGCCUGGAGCUUCAGGUCCUAUUCUUUACCCUCUUUCUAACCAUCUACAUCAUCACUGUGGUGGGGAACCUGGGGAUGGUUGUAUUAGUGAGAAUCACUCCCCGGCUUCACACACCCAUGUAUUUUUUCCUGAGUCACUUAUCUUUUGCGGACCUCUGUUUCUCUUCCAAUGUGAGUCCUAAGAUGCUGGAGACUCUCAUAGUGGAAAAGGCCACCAUAUCCUACUCAGCCUGUUUGGUGCAAUGUUACCUUUUCAUUGCUCUGGUCCAUGUGGAAAUCUACAUCCUGGCUGUGAUGGCCUUUGACCGCUACAUGGCCAUCUGUAAUCCUCUGCUCUAUGGCAGCAAGAUGUCCCCAACUGUCUGCACAUCUCUCAUCUCAGUGCCCUAUGUCUAUGGCUCCCUCACGGGCCUCAUGGAGACCAUGUGGACCUAUAGCUUAUCAUUCUGUGGCCCCAAUAAGAUUAACCAUUUCUACUGUGCUGACCCUCCCCUCAUUAAACUAGCUUGUUCUAGUACUUACAGAAAAGAAACAUCAAUGUUUGUUGUUGCUGGGUUUAACCUCACCUUUUCCCUGCUCAUCAUUCUCAUCUCCUAUCUAUACAUUUUCCCAGCUAUCUUCAGGCUUCGCUCUGCAGACAGCAGGCGCAAAGCCUUCUCCACCUGUGGGUCCCAUCUGACAGCUGUCAUGAUAUUCUAUGCCACUCUCUUCUUCAUGUACCUGACACCACCCUCUGAGAAGUCUGUGGAACAGGGGAAAAUGGUGGCCGUGUUUUAUACCACAGUGAUCCCUAUGUUGAAUCCUAUGAUAUACAGCUUAAGGAACAAAGAUGUUAAAGAAGCCUUAAGUAAAGAACUCUUCAGAAAAGAACUUUCUAAACAAAUCUCAGUGUUCAAUUGUCUAAAAUAA